CAGCCUUCUUAAAGAGACAUCACGCAGAUCUGCACAUGACUAGCAGGCUAGUGCCGGCUCUGCCUACUUGGGCUCCCCUCCUGCUUUAAGUUGAAAGAGAAUAAAUAACCUGGAGCUUGUCAGUGAGCCGGUGACCUUAACUACAUAAACAGAUCCCCUGCAAGGUUCUGUUCAUGCCUCCAGUGGCUUCUUGCCUACUUAAGGACAGGCGAGACUGAUACUCUGGCUGCCGGCAGAGGAGAAGUGCAGCCAGUCAGGACUGGGUUCGCUCAGGAGUCUCGGAGACCGCUGGGGGAUUACCUGUGGCUGCUAGGCUGGUCCUGGAGCAUGGCCCUCGCCUCAUCUCAAUCUGAGAGAUCUUGGUGAGGACACUCACCACAGGCUGGGGCUGCGCUUGACUGCCUCUCAGAGCAUUGGUGAGCUGCGACUCCCAGGUGUCCUGCACCUGCCAGCUGAUGCUGCCCCCCUUCUGGUGAACCCCUCUUCCUCAGCUGAGGCUCAUGCUGGUUCUUCAGGUCCUGAUAUGUUCACCUGUCACUACUGCUUCUGUGGCCACAGUGACUCAUGAAGCGCUUUGGAAGUCUGAGGGGCAACAAGAAACCCAAGGACCAAAACCGAAGCACCCAGCGGCGCCAGUCGGAACCCCACGGUCUUUUUGCCUCCAGCGUCUCCUCUUCUCCAUCAACACCCACCCAAGUGACCAAGCCGCACCCGUUUCCUCUGGAGUCCUACAAGCAGGAGCCUGAACGCCUAGAAAACCGCAUCUAUGCUUCUUCGUCCCCACCGGACACCGGCCAGCGCUUCUGCCUGGCCUUUCAGAGUCCAGUGCGGCAGCCACUGGCAUCCCCCCCACACCAUGUUCCUCUAAGAACCGCGGCGCUGGCGGCGGACCCGGGACCCGCGGAAGCCGGCAUGCUGGAGAAGCUGGAGUUCCAGGAGGAAGCAGAAGACUCAGAAAGUGGCGUUUAUAUGCGAUUCAUGAGGUCACAUAAGUGUUAUGACAUCGUUCCAACCAGUUCAAAGCUUGUUGUCUUCGACACUACGUUGCAAGUUAAAAAGGCCUUCUUUGCCUUAGUAGCCAAUGGAGUCCGCGCAGCGCCUCUGUGGGAAAGUAAAAAGCAGAGCUUUGUAGGGAUGCUCACUAUUACAGACUUCAUAAAUAUACUACACAGAUACUAUAAAUCACCUAUGGUACAGAUUUAUGAAUUAGAGGAACAUAAGAUCGAAACGUGGAGGGAGUUAUACUUACAAGAAACCUUCAAGCCUUUGGUGAAUAUCUCUCCAGAUGCAAGCCUCUUCGAUGCUGUAUACUCGUUGAUCAAAAAUAAAAUCCACAGAUUGCCAGUUAUUGACCCUAUCAGUGGGAAUGCACUUUAUAUACUUACCCACAAAAGAAUCCUCAAGUUCCUCCAGCUUUUUAUGUCUGAUAUGCCAAAGCCUGCCUUCAUGAAGCAGAACCUGGAUGAACUUGGAAUAGGAACGUACCACAAUAUUGCCUUCAUUCACCCAGACACUCCUAUCAUCAAAGCCUUGAACAUCUUUGUGGAGAGACGGAUAUCAGCACUACCUGUGGUGGAUGAGUCAGGAAAAGUUGUAGAUAUUUAUUCCAAGUUUGAUGUAAUUAACCUUGCUGCUGAGAAAACAUAUAAUAACCUAGACAUCACGGUGACCCAGGCCCUGCAGCACCGCUCGCAGUACUUCGAGGGUGUGGUAAAGUGCAAUAAGCUGGAAACACUGGAGACCAUCGUGGACAGGAUAGUCAGAGCCGAGGUCCAUCGGCUGGUGGUAGUGAAUGAUGCAGAUAGUAUUGUGGGUAUUAUCUCCCUGUCAGACAUCCUGCAAGCCCUGAUCCUCACACCAGCAGCAGGUGCCAAACAGAAGGAGACAGAGGCCGAAUGACCCCUGUGAAUGUAGACACCCUCACAGGAGAACUUGAACAGAGUCUCGGGGUCGCGUUUUGCCUCAUGAACACUGGCUGCAAUGGAAGAAAAUAAAGUGGCUAAGAAUGUAUAUCAGGGUUUGGCGAUGGGUAUUUUUCCAGUGAUUUGUAAGCAUAGGAAAAGAUUUUAUGUGCUUGAAGAUUCAGGCUUACAUUCAAAGACUGUCCUCAGACCCCCGUCCAAGGGGUUUCCAAUGCUGUAUGUCAUUAAAGUGCACUGUGUCCUGAAAUUAGUACUACUUUUCAUUUCAAAGAAGUCACUGGGAUGGAACAGGUACCCGAAAGGGAGUGAACGGCACGUCCAGAUCACGGUGCCUUAUGUCCAAACACGCAAUAUGUCACCGCUGCUGCCGCCGCACGCCCCAAAGUGCUGCUGAAGAGACGGCCAGCCCGAAUGUGAACAUCUUCAAACCUUUUACCCAGUCUCUCUCUCUUCAUUUGAUUUGUUGGAAAGUUGUAAUUUUAACGUAGGCACCUGAAAACUUCAGGAGAUGGUCCUGAGUGCUGUGUGCCCUGGUCUGGCUACCGUGUCAGCGAGGCUGGCUUGGCAACAAGGCUUUAUUUAUUUUUACUCUCGUGCAGUUUUUUACACAUCUUUUGGUGAGUGGAUUCACCAAACCUAUGAAUAAAAUCUUGGUUGUUCUCUUAAA